AUGGUUCGAAGCCCAAGAACUCACGGAUUCAGCUUACCGUUGCAUCCCGCACAGAUUUUUAGCUGAUUGAUUACUCUUUUCAACAUUAUUGUGGUUUCUUUGGUAUAUUUUCCGAGUAUGAAAAUAUAUUCUAAAGUAAAAAAUAUUUAGAUAACCUUUGCAAUAUUAUUUUACGUCUCAGAAUUGUUUUGCAUAGAUUUCGCUUUCUGAGCGAUGGUUUGUGACCCUACUGAUCCUAUGGUAUAUGAACAUCGUGAAAAGCUUAUGAAUGGGAUUAAAGAUGAGCCGAAAGAAAACCACGCAUUUUGCACAAUCUGCUGCUGCACUGUAGAUAUGAAAAGUAAACAUUGUGGCCAAUGCAAUCGAUGUGUGGAUAAUUUUGAUCAUCAUUGUAUAUGAUUAAAUAAUUGUGUUGGCAAAAGAAAUUAUGUUUACUUUAUUAAGCUUAUAUUAGCUUUUGAAAUCAAUAUGAUUGUGAUUUUUAGCUAUGGGUUUAGCAUUAUAGUGAAAUAUUAUAGAAAUUAUGAUGAUUACAGACAUGAUAUAGACUCUGUUUCAUAUGGCAGUGAAAGCAGUUUUAUUAUUUUGACUUAUGUAGUAACUAUAGAAGGAAUUUUAAUAGCUGCAAUUGAUAGCUGCCUUAUUGGUCUCCAUAUUUGACUUAAAUUCAACCAUAUGACAACCUUUGAAUACAUCCUUAAGAAAAGAAAUGAGAAAAAAGAGCUUAAAAUAGCCAAAAAUAUAGCCCGUUCCCGGUUAUAGAUCGGGCUUAGCCCGAUCUUUGCAGGGAAACUCGGGGGGUUGUCUGCGUCACCUUGAGGUGACGAGUCAACUCCCCGAGUUGACAAAUAGCCGCUAUAUGGUGAUUUGCCAACUCGGGGAGUUGACUCUUCACCUCAAGGUGACGCAGACAACCCCCCGAGUUUCCCUGCAAAGAUCGGGCUAAGCCCGAUCUAUAGCCGAGAACGGGCUAUAAAGUUUCAGAUUUCAAAGAAAAUACCUCAGCUUUGUGGGAUGAUACCACCAUUUCUUAUAUUGAAAGGAAAAAAGGAGAUCCCAAGCUAACGCUUAAAGAAGAAGACGGAAAGAAAUCUGACGAAAUUCUUACAAAUGACGCAAUUCAAUUAAAUAUAAAUUCUGAAGGGGUUUUGACAGGGAGGAAUACUGAAAGACUAUUAAAUAUAUCAUAA